GUGUAGAGGUGUUGUUUCUCUGUUGACAGGAUGGGUUCUUGUUGCCAGUAUAGGUUCUGCUCCUGGCCAUCCCAACAGCCCCAGAUACAAGUUCAACUUCAUAGCUGACGUGGUGGAAAAGAUGGCUCCUGCUGUGGUUCACAUAGAGCUCUUCCUCAGACAUCCUCUGUUCGGUCGUCAUGUCCCUCUGUCUAGUGGUUCUGGGUUCAUCAUCAGCCACUCCGGACUCAUCGUAACCAACGCUCACGUGGUAACCGCUGCUGCCACGGUAACGGGCCGACCGCAGCUCCGCGUGCAGCUCCAUGACGGGGGAGCGUACGAGGCCACGGUCCGGGACAUCGACAGGAAGUCGGAUAUCGCCACCAUCAAAGUCAACCCUCAGAAGAAGCUUCCUGUUCUGUCUCUGGGUCGGUCAUCUGAUCUGAGACCAGGGGAGUUUGUGGUUGCCAUCGGCAGCCCCUUCGCCCUCCAGAAUACCGUUACCACGGGGAUUGUGAGCACGGCCCAGAGAGAUGGGAAGGAGCUGGGCAUCAGAGACUCAGACAUAGACUACAUUCAGACUGACGCUAUCAUCAAUUAUGGUAACUCAGGAGGACCUCUGGUUAACUUGGACGGGGAGGUGAUAGGUAUCAAUACCCUCAAGGUGACAGCAGGAAUCUCCUUCGCCAUUCCUUCAGACCGGAUCAGACGCUUUCUCACUGAGUCACAGCACAACAAACACAGUGCAGGUAACCACAGAAUGCUGAGUGGUCAUUACCGUAUUCCAGAACCCCAGUCAGAUGCAGUAACGACAGGAGUGAAGAAGAAGCGUCUGAUUGGCAUUAAGAUGCUCACUGUUACAGAUGGUCUCGUGGAGGAGAUGAAGAGGCAGAAUCCUGACUUCCCUGAUGAUGUCACCAGUGGAGUGUUGGUCCAUCGGGUUAUACCUGAGUCCCCUGCGGACAGGGGCGGGAUAGAGGCCGGUGACGUGAUCCUCAAGCUGAACGGCCGCCCACUCAGGACCACCGACGAGCUGCAGGGGGCGUUGCUGGCGUGGGCCCCUCCUCCUGGAGGUUCGUGCGGCUACGACGAGCUGCUUUUCCACAUAGAGCCCCACGUCGUCAUGCAGUGA